GACCAGAGGAAGAGGAAGGGGCGGAGCUGCUUUGCGGCUGGCCGCGGAGCAGUCAGCCGACUACAGCGAAGGGUAAUCGGGUGUCCCCAGCGCUGCCUGGGGCCCUGAGGGCCAGCCAGGACCUAGGCCAGUGGGGGCUGUCUAGGAAGCCCGGCAAUGCCCCGCCACGGGAUAUCACCCCGCCACGGGGUGUCACCCUGCCAAAGCCACCCGAAGUCUGGCCGGGAGCAGGGACUGGACAGCUCCUCGGGGGCCCUCCAACUCCUUUGGGUGGGCCUGGGCCUGGCGCUGGCGCUGUCUUUGCCUGACUCCUCGGUUCUCUGGGCCCCGGCAGCAGCCCAUCCUCUUCCUGCCCGAGGCCAUCCAGCCACACUCAAUGCCAUUGUGCCCCAGCUCCGAGAUGCCUUUGGGUGGUGGAAUCUCACCUGUCCAGUCUGCAAAGUCCUUUUCACCGCCGUCAACUUCGGGCUGAAGAAGGAGCCCAAUGUGGCGCGGUUGGGUUCCAUGGCCAUCAAGUUGUGUGAGCUGCUAAAGAUAGCACCGCCUGCUGUGUGCCAGUCAGCUGUCCAACUUUUUGAGGAUGAUAUGGUGGAGGUAUGGACACGCUCAGUCCUUAGUCCAUCUGAGGCCUGUGGCCUGCUCCUGGGCUCCACCUGUGGACACUGGGACAUCUUGUCAUCUUGGAACAUCUCUUUGCCAGCCACACCAAAGCCACCACCCAAGCCACCCAGCCCCCCAGCCCCAGGUGCUCCUGUCAGCCGGGUCCUCUUUCUCACUGACCUGCACUGGGAUCAUGACUACCUGGAGGGCACGGACCCUAACUGUGCAGACCCACUGUGUUGCCGCCGGGGCUCUGGCUUGCCACCCACCUCCCAGCCAGGUGCUGGAUACUGGGGCGAGUACAGCAAGUGUGACCUGCCUCUGCGGACCCUGGAGAGCCUGUUGAGUGGGCUGGGCCCAGCUGGCCCUUUUGAUAUGGUGUACUGGACAGGAGACAUUCCUGCCCAUGAUGUCUGGCAGCAAUCUCGACAAGACCAGCUGCGUGCCCUGACUACCAUCACAACCCUCGUGAGGAAGUUCUUGGGGCCAGUGCCAGUGUACCCUGCUGUGGGCAACCACGAAAGCACACCGGUCAAUGGCUUCCCUCCCCCAUUCAUCAAGGGCAACCACUCCUCCCGUUGGCUCUAUGAGGCAAUGGCUAAGGCAUGGGAGCCCUGGCUGCCUGCUGAAGCCCUUCACACCCUCAGAACUGGAGGGUUCUAUGCCCUUUCCCCACGCCCUGGCCUCCGCCUCAUCUCUCUCAAUAUGAAUUUUUGUUCCCGUGAGAACUUCUGGCUCUUGAUCAACUCCACAGAUCCUGCAGGACAGCUCCAGUGGCUGGUGGGGGAGCUUCAGGCUGCUGAGGAUAGAGGAGACAAAGUGCAUAUAAUUGGCCACAUUCCCCCAGGGCACUGCCUAAAGAGCUGGAGCUGGAAUUAUUAUCGGAUUAUAGCCAGGUAUGAGAACACUCUGGCUGGGCAAUUCUUUGGCCAUACUCAUGUGGAUGAAUUUGAGGUCUUCUAUGAUGAGGAGACUCUCAGCCGGCCGCUAGCUGUUGCCUUCCUGGCACCCAGUGCCACCACCUACAUCAGCCUCAAUCCUGGUUACCGUGUCUACCUAAUAGAUGGGGACUACCCAGGGAGUUCUCACGUGGUUCUGGACCACGAGACCUACAUCCUGAACUUAACACAAGCCAACAUGCCAGGAGCCACACCACACUGGCAGCGCCUCUAUAAGGCUCUAGAAACCUAUGGGCUGCCCAAUGCCCUGCCUGCUGCCUGGCACAACCUGGUCUAUCGAAUGCGGAGCGACAAGCAACUCUUCCAGACCUUCUGGUUUCUCUACCAUAAGGGCCACCCGCCCCCGGAGCCCUGUGGCACACCCUGCCGCCUCACGACUCUGUGUGCUCAGCUCUCUGCCAGGGCUGACAGCCCUGCUCUGUGCCGCCACCUGGUGCCAGAUGGGAACCUCCAAGAUAUCCAGAGCCUGUGGUCACGUAAGGUGUUCUGUUAGGGCCCCAGGGCCCAGAGCUGGGAAAGUUCUUGACUUUGGAAAGGAGGGGAAGUCCCAUAGCACGGUAGUGCUUCAACCUGGCAAUCGUGUCUGGUGGAAGAGCCCCUCCCUGGACGCCAAGUACACUAGGAAACAGGACCUUCUUUCCUGGAGCUGGUUUAGCUGGAUAUGGGAGGAUUGGCUGCUCUGCCUGUGUCCAGUAUCUAGACUGCUGUGGAGUGGCUGUUCUUUCAUAGCCCUGGAGCUGAGGCCUAAGUUGACACUGCCCUGGGCAGACCAGACAGGAACUGUCACCCCAGGCCUGUGAUGCCCCAGCCAGGAACCUUGUACAGCUGCUACUGCCUGAUCCUGCUGGGCUAUUAAAAUAAAGAUAAGAGACUUAGACUUCA